GAGAGAGAGAUGGCAGGCUCCUCAUUUAUUACACGAGAAGAGAGAAGCUUCUUCUGCCCCUCCACCGGCAUCUACAACGGUCCAUGGAGUUCGUCGCUGGCUCCCACACCACCUCUCUCGCUUCCCCAAUUCCUCCUCUCCCACUCCGCUUCCUCCUCCUCCUCCAAGCCCGCUUUCAUCGAUGCGGAGACCGGCGUAGCCCUCACCUUCGCCAACCUCCGCGCUCUCACCGCCGCCGCCGCCCGUGCACUCGCCGUCCUCGGCGUCCGCCGUGGCGACGUCGUCCUUCACGUCUCUCCCAACUCUCUCCACUUCCCCGCUCUCGUCCUCGCCGUCAUGUCCCUCGGCGCCGUCUUCUCCACCGCCAACUUCCUCCAAACCCGCUCGGAGAUCCAAUCCCAGGUUCAAGAUUCCGGCCCCGUUCUCAUCCUCACCACCGCUGACCUCGCCCCCAAGCUCGACGGCCUCAUACCCCGCCCUCCGACCCUGAUCGACCAAUUCCUCGCAUCGCUCUCCAUCGAUCGGAACGCCCCGGUCGAGUUCCCCGGCGUGGGCCCAGCCGAUCCGGCGGCGCUGAUGUACUCGUCCGGGACGACGGGGAAGAGCAAGGGGGUGGUGAGCUCGCACGGGAAUCUGGUGGCGAUGGCCAGCGUUCUGCGGCACGUGUGGGGGAGGAGGGAGGAGGUGUACGCGUGCGUGGUGCCGCUGUCCCACAUGUUCGGCUUCUCGGUGUUUGUGUGCGGGGCGGUGGCGGCGGGGGCGACGGUGGUGGUGCUUCGGCGGUACGCGCUGGAUGAGCUGCUGAUGGCGGUGGAGGAGCACCGGGUGACGCUGCUGCCGGCGGUGCCGCCGAUGGUGGUGCAGCUGGCGAGGUCGGGCGGCGUGGCGCGAGCCAAUUACGAUCUGCGCUCGCUCAGGGAGGUGAUCAGCUCCGGCGCGCCGCUCGGGAGGGACAACAUGGAGCGCUUCGCCGACGCAUACCCCGGCAUAACCCUAUCUCAGUGCUAUGGCUUAACUGAAACAAGUGGUCCGGUAACCGUUUGUCAUGGGCUUAAAGGAAGAUUCCAAAUUUCCAUUGGAAGAUUGAUCCCUACUGUGGAGGCAAAGAUAGUUCACGUACGCACCGGGAAAGCUCUUCCACCGAACGAACACGGGGAAUUAUGCCUUAGGGGCCCUCCUGUUAUGCAGGGUUAUCUGAAGAACCAGGAAGCCACAUCUCUGGCUAUUGAUGAAGAAGGAUGGCUACGCACUGGGGAUUUGUGCUAUAUUGACACGCAGGGGCAUGUCUACGUCGUUGACAGGAUCAAAGAGCUCAUAAAAUACAAAGCUUACCAGGUAGCCCCAGCAGAGCUUGAAGAGGUUCUCUCCACCCAUCCAGAGAUUCUCGAUGUUGCCGUGACACCGUACCCAGAUGAGGAGGCAGGAGAGAUUCCAAUGGCAUGUGUAGUGAGAAAGGCAGGGAGCAAAAUCAGAGAAGAAGAUAUAAUUUCUUUUAUGGAGAAGAAGGUCGCCCCUUACAAGAAGAUCAGGAAAGUAUUGUUUGUGGAAAUCAUCCCAAGAUCACCUUCAGGAAAGAUCCUCCGGCGGCAUCUAAAGGCUACAGUCAUGCAGCAUCGAAAGCUAGGAAUUUCUGCAAGGCUAUAGAAAAAGAUUUCUUCAGUAUCUUUAUACAUUGAAUUGUUACGUUGAAACUUUAUAGCUGAUAGGGAUUAACUGGAUGUUACAUUGUGGCAUUACAACUGAUUCAUUUGAUGUUAUAUAUGUUGGUUAAUUAGCUCCCCAAGGAGAUAAUCUUCCUAAAGACGAAUUCGUCCGUCUGCUGCGUGUUGCAAUGGAUCCUUCACGCUUACCACCUUUGGGAGCAUUUGUCCAAUGACAAAACAAUGCAUCGUCACAGCAGACUAUGGAACAAGCUGAAAUCUCUAUUUAGCUCCCCCUCGCUUUAAUGUCUCUUCCUUGUCUGAGGUCGUGGAUUUAAUUUGUGGUUUCUUCAUGCAGAAAUUGCUUUUGGAAAGGUCUGUUAGUCUGCUAAGCUUUAUUUCGUCGGUACCAAAACUGCAGUUUGACAUUCAGCAGCCUCUGUUCUAUCUUCUGAGCUUCAUUCUCACCCCUUGACAUCUCUACUUGGUCCUCUUAGCUUUCUUCUCUCCUUUUCUCCUCUGCUCACCCCUGCUGCUUGUAUUGUAAGUCUACCAUUGUAUAUACUUCGCAUACUUAAAUAAAUUCAGGUGGCUGUUACGG